CACUUAUCAACUGUUCAGUUUAAUGCAGUAUUUAAUAUAAAUUAAAUUGAAGUGAAUCGAUAAAAAUAGACAAUUCAAAUAAAUACGAAAAAAAAAAAAUUUAACUAAAAAAAGUAUAUUGUGAGUUAAAGUUAAAAACAAAACAAAAAGAAUAAUAAGUUUUCAUAAUGCUAACCGCAGAAAAAAAUUAUAGUAAUUGCCCAUUAAAAAAGCGACCAUUUUUAAUGAUGGAAAAAGAAUUAAAAGAUUCACGGUCACACGUUGAACAAAAUGAACCGGAAGAUCUGUCUGUGAAUAGUAAACGUCGUCGUUCAAACAGUCCACCAGCGACACCGGUCAGUGAAAAACGUUGUUCAUCGGUUGAAUCAAUGAUCGAAAUUGAAGAUGAUGUCGAUGAAAAACCAGUCUCAUUCAAAAUUGGCACCAUCAAAGUGGAAAAAUCAAAGAGUUUAAACGACAUCAAACAGGAGCCCAUUUCAAAAGAACUAAUUUACAAAAAUUGGCCAUGCCCAUUGACACCGCCAAUGCAUUACACCGGAGCCGAUAGUUUGGAUUCACUCUAUCUAUCAACAUACACAGCAGCACGGUAUGAAUCACAUUUUGGCUAUGGAAAAGAUGAUAACCUAUUCAAAGCCCAAACAUUGCCACCAUAUCCAUCGCCAUACCUAAUUCCAUCGAUGGAUCUUCGAACCAAUUACAAUAACAACAUUAUCAAAGCCGAUCCGUUCAUCAAUCCAAAAUAUUUCACACCAUAUCGUGUUGAUCACAAUAGCAGCCGUAAUAGCAGUACUACGCCACAUCGACCACUAUUCAAUGUAUUCCCAUUGUCACCGGCAAGUAGUCAAGCCUCUUAUAAUUCAUACGAACAAUCGCCGAGAAGGUCUGAAUCGCCAAUGUCAACAAAUUCAUCGAUCUCUGAACAGCCAUCGACAACAACAACAACCCCGGCAACCUAUUCCGUAUUCCGUGAUGUAACGGCAAUGAGCACUGGUGCUCCCGUUGAAAAAUCAACAUCAAAAUCAAAACCGGAAAAAGUCACAAAAAAUGCCCAUUAUCAAUGUUCCGAUUGUUCAAAAUCGUAUUCCACAUACUCCGGUUUAUCGAAACAUCAGCAAUUCCAUUGUCCGGCCGUUGAAGGGAAUCAAGCGAAAAAAGUGUUCAGUUGCAAGAAUUGUGAUAAGGUUUAUACAUCGUUGGGCGCACUUAAAAUGCACAUUCGCACGCAUACGUUACCCUGUAAAUGUGAAAUUUGCGGCAAAGCAUUCUCACGACCAUGGCUGUUGCAAGGACACAUUCGUACCCAUACUGGUGAAAAGCCCUUCAGUUGCCAACAUUGUCAUCGAGCCUUUGCCGAUCGUUCCAAUUUACGUGCACAUCUUCAAACACACUCCGAAAUUAAAAAGUAUAGUUGCACCACAUGCAGUAAAACGUUUUCAAGAAUGUCACUGCUAACCAAACACAUCGAAGUUGGUUGUCCCGGCAUUCAAAUGUCACACAAUUUGAAUUUAUUUUAAAACAAAUAGUACAUCACAUUGUAAAUUCCCUUGAAAAAGACUGAACAAGUUGCACACUUAUAUAUAUAUCGAUGAUUAUGCGGUAAGCUAAUCGAUUGAAUAAUUCCAAUUGGAGCGAAGAUGAUGAGAAAGAAAAACCAUGUAUUAAAAGAAGAUGAAAAAAAACCUUACUUGCAGCCAGUUGUUAAAAACUUGCGAUUAAUAAGAGUCUAGUCAUAGCUUUUACAAGAGAACCAUUUAUUUGUAAUUUGUAGAUUGAAAAUCACUUGAAAGCCAUAAAAAAAAAACAAAUUUAAUUUAUAAGAUUCGAAAAAUACACAAUUUAAUGAAAUCUACAGUGCCUUGAUUCGUACAAAAUAAUGGACAAAAAUUUACAUACAAGUAACACUUUAAGAUAAAUCCGCAGCACACAUUUGUAUUUUUGGAGUUACGUUUACAAUUGUAAAGAAAAACGAUAGGAUAUAAGAAAAUGAGCGAGUGUAAUUUUUUAGUAGAUUUAAUCGAGUACUUUUAUUGAAUAAAACAAAAAUAUUUCGUAAAAAAAUUUUUUACACCAAUGGAAAA